AUGAUCUCACCACAGCGCAAGUCUGUUACCCUCUCGAGCAACCAAGUCGCACCGCAGUUCAUCCAGAAGACGUAUGCGCUCAUGACCGAGGCACCGGCCCACAUUGCGCAGUGGUCCAACCACGGGUCGACGAUCCUCAUCCACGACCCAUACGCGUUCUCGCGGGAUCUUCUGCCGCAGUACUUUCGCCACAGCAACUUUUUGAGCUUUGUGCGCCAGCUCAACUUUUAUGGCUUCCGCAAGUGCAAGCGCGACGACCCGACGAGCUUAGCGUGGGAGUUUGAGCACGAAGCCUUCUUGCAGGACGAGCCCGAGCUCAUGCAUACCAUCCGCCGCCACAACCAGCCGAUGGCCGACCAAGACACCGAGCCCGAGCCGGAAACGACGCCCGUCGCUGAGCUCCGCGAACGCAUCUCGACAGUGCAAACCAACUUUGAGCUUCUUACGCAGCAGCUGACACAGCUGACCGCAGUCAUCUCAACGCUUGUCGUGUCAAGAAAGCGAUCUGUCGAGUCGGACAGUGGCGGCGCCAAGCGUUUGUGUGUCGACGCUGAUGCGGACGACAUGGAGCCCCUCUACUUGGAUCGGCACUCGACGGAUCUAACGGCCGAGGACUUGGCCAUGGUGGAUGAUGUGCUUGAUAUCUUGUCGCACGCGGCUGUAAACCCGCCGCUGGACACUGCGAUCGAGGUGUAA